AUGUUCUUCAAAUCUGUCGCUGCUUUAAUGGCUGUUGCCGUUGCCAUCGCAAAUGGUCAAGCCUUAUCAUGUUCACAAAUGCAAUCAUUAGCAGGUCAAUACUUUUCAGGUAGCACCGCCACUAAUAUGAUUUGUAUCAGUUAUUAUGAAUCAAGCUGGAAUCCACAAGCUUAUAAUCCAUCAAGUGCUUCAGGUUUAUGGCAAAUCUUAACUGAACAUUGCGGGGAAUUAUGUACUGCUUGUUCAACCCCAAGUGAUUUAUUCAACCCAGAUAUCAAUGCACAAUGUGCUCUUGCUGUCUUAAAUGCUCAAGGUUAUGAUGCUUGGACUACUUGGAGUAAUGGUGAUUGUAAUGGUUGGUCACAAUGUGGUUCAUCAUCUGGUACAUCAUCAUCUGGUUCAUCAUCAUCAUCAUCUGGUUCAUCAUCAUCAUCAUCAUCUGGUUCAUCAUCUGGUUCAUCAUCUGGUUCAUCAUCUGGUUCAUCAUCUGGUUCAUCAUCAGGUAGUGGUAGCGGUAGCUCAUCAGGCAGUGGUUCAUCAUCAGGCAGUGGUAGCUCAUCAGGUAGUGGAAGUGCAAGUGGUAGUGGUUCAGGUUCAGGUUCAAACUAA